GCCCGAUGCCUCGAUUUGUAGAUCCUCUACUUGACGCAUACCUUACUUGAAAUGCACUUUGCUCACGAGUCAAUAAACAUAAUAGAUAGCGUAGGUCCCCUCCGUUUGUUAUUAUUUCUAAUACCACCCAUCCCUGCCUCGUUGCAAAAAUGCUUACCCAUCUGCAGCCCCAAGCGACCGUUCUCGGCGCCCAGCUGAGUGCCGCGAAAGCACUGCUGGCCAACGGCGAAAGUCUCGAGACGGCUCUCCGACGAAUCCAAAGACAAAACUCAUUCAGUGCAAGUUGCUCACCAAAAUGUGAUGAUGUUGUCUCUAACGUGGAUGAGGACAAUCACAUUGAAGGACGACAUGAAGGGGAAGAUAUUGAUGGUGAUAAAUUCACUAUCAUAGAUAUCAUGUUCCAGAGCAAGAACAGCCAAGGCUUCCAAGUCUGCCUUGGUCGCGGGCUUCGAUCGACUCCUUCUUGCGGACUGAUCUGGACAAGCAUGAAGGACCUCAUGGCCAGCGGCCGUACUGGUUCCACUCUCUUGUUCGAGGCUUUCGGUGGGGAUCAAAGUGAAAGAGAGUUCCAUAACAACUUCUGGUCAGUGUUGGAAUGCGUUCCGCGCAGCCGCUCUCCCGAUGCGUUUUCUAUGGACAUCCGGUCGGAUCGCGCCCUGGUACGCUAUCAAGAGACCUUCGAUAGCGAGAUUUUUUUCAGCUUCAGCCUGAAAGCGCUCCAAUCCACACGGCCGGGGCAAAAGUUGUAUGAUCAAUCGUUCUCUUCUUUUAAUGCGUCGAUCGAGAUGGGCUUGCGUCAAAGAGCCACUCUGCCAGGGCUGCUGCGGCUUCUUCUCGACUGCUUCGAUGAGCGUAAAAAGCUGCGCUACACGCAUGGUGCUCGGCUCCUGGACGGGGUACAUGAUCUUCAGCGUCUUCGGCAGACCAGUUUUGAAUCAAAGUAUGAGGACGAAAAGCGGAAACUCGAUGCAUCGAACGAUGAAGCUGCAGCAUUGACACAAGUCCUGAAGACGAAAAUACGUGUCAGUACAUUCAAUGCGUACCUUGUCGCCGCCGAUAACAACCCGGACUAUUUGAACGUCAUGGCAUCUGAGCUCUUCCUUGGCGAUGAGUGGACCGGUCUACGUGCUCAGGCCUCAAAAAUCGCUCGUGGCGAACCCGAUCAGCCUCGAUUACUUGUCGAACCUUCUCUUCAAAGUUAUCCUACCUCUCUCGCGGACGAUGUCGCACGACUAGUCACUCUAACCAGCAAGAUUGACUGGGAGACGACAAGGAGCUUUCUUCCUACACUUCCACUGAAUGCAGUGGAGGAACCUUCACUCCCACUGAAUGCAGUGAAGGAACCAAAGAGUAGCAAAUUGGGAGCUCUCCAAAAGAUUCGGCGAAAGAUGAGUCGGAAGAAUCUUCACGAUUGAUUUGCGUAGCCAGAACCACUCUGUACAUCUAUUUCGUUUCAUUUGAUGAAGCUUCGCGUGAAAAAUAAAAGCGGAA